AGCCUAGGAAACUCUCACUCGGUCCACACCCAAACACUGAGCUUCUCUUACAGACGUAGGGAUAAUAACAGGACCUGUAAGACUAGAAAUACACUGGUAGAGUGUGAGGGGAGACAUUCUAUUACAGAUCCCGCAGGUUCAUUGAGCACUGCUUACAAUGUCCUACCCUAAUGCACCUCCUCCUUAUGAUGAUCUACACCCUCUACAUGCACCAGGAGGAUACCCUCAACCAGGUGGUUACCCUCAACCAGGUGGUUACCCUCCACCCAGUGGAUAUCCUCAACCAGGAGCCUACCCACCACCUGGUUCAUAUGGACAGCCAGGAGGCUUCUAUCCACAACCUGGGGGUUACCCUCAACCUGGUGGAUACCCAGAGCCUGGACAUCCUGAACCACCUAAACCUGUGAUGCCAAUGCUGCCAGUUAUCCCUCUGAAUCCAGAUUCAGAAAUGUACAACACAAGGCCAGAAGGUGAUUUCGGAUCUUGGGAUGACAAGGUUGUACGGCACACUUUUAUACGGAGGGUCUACAUGAUCAUAACACUUCAGCUUCUGGUAACUGUUGGCAUCAUUGCUAUAUUCACCUUUGUGAAGCCAGUUUAUACCUUUGUGCGCAAAAAUCCUGCCAUUUACUAUGCCUCAUAUGCUGUUUUCUUUGUCUCAUAUAUGGUUCUUUCUUGUUGUCAAGGUCCAAGGAGGCGUUUUCCAUGGAAUAUCAUCUUGCUCAGCAUAUUUACCCUUGCAAUGUCCUUAAUGACUGGAACAAUUGCUAGUUUUUAUAGUACAAAAGCAGUCCUGAUCUGUAUGGGAAUUACAGCAAUAGUGGCCAUAGCGGUCACCAUCUUUUGCUUUCAAACAAGGGUGGACUUUACCUCCUGUGCAGGAUUGUUUUCUGUCCUGGGAAUCGUCGUCUUUGUUACUGGAAUUAUAACGGCCAUCGUUCUUGCUUUCAAAUAUAUAUAUUGGUUGCAUAUGGUGUAUGCUGCAAUUGGAGCCAUUGCUUUUACUCUGUUCCUGGCUUAUGACACCCAGCUGCUGCUUGGAAACAGGAAGCACACCAUUAGUCCAGAGGAAUAUGUCUAUGGAGCUAUGAAAAUCUACACUGACAUUGUAUACAUUUUCACUUCGCUGCUCCAGAUUGUGGGUAGCAGAGUGUAGACUGACAUUAUGCCUCCCACAUAUAUCCUUUCCAUUUGGAGAACACAGAGGAUUAUAUAUAGAGAGGAGGAAAAUGCGUAUUCAUGCUUUACAGUUUACAUCAUCUCUAUUAACUGGUUUACAUUGCAAUGGUUUCGAUUGCUAUCUCCGAGAUGCUCGAACCGCUUGACAUGCAGGGAGGUGGUUAAACGUAUCUUUGUAUUGCUACUGUUACAUCUUCUAUCAAUUGCUUUAUAUUCUUUUAAAAUAUUUGUUACUUUUGUUUUUUUUAACAACUGAAAUGUAUUAUGCUUUUCUUUUUCAUCAUUCAUACAACAUAAUGAACAAUCUAUUCAUUAAUACAGCUGUACUCCUGUGUGGAGGAAAAAAAAGGACGUGUAUAUAUUUUUUCAGAGUCCCUAAAUUCAAGAUAUUCAUGUGUAAAUAUAUUAAAGGAAACCUAAAAAUUUCUAGACAUAAUGUAUUGAAAGCAAAUAUUUCCCUGGAAAUAUGUAGUUUAGUUUCCAAAGUAAAGGGUGCCAUCAUAUUGUAACCUAGAUUUCAAUUAAAAAUAAUUCAUAUCCUCUGCUGAGGAUGUUUAGGGACAGAUAUAAAUUAGUUACUAGGCUGCUCAGGAAAUGGGUGUAUACAAUAAAGUCUGCACUUCCAAUUCUCACAGGAUUUGGAAAGUCCACAAUAUUAAAUUAAAUAUGUUAAAUUGCAUUAAAAUAUGAAAAAAGUAAUGUUUCACAAAUAUUUUUUUUUUACAACACAUAAUAAAAUCAUAUAUUAUUAAA